GAGUGCCGAGCUGGGCCGCGCCAACCGACCCGAGCCAAGCCCACCCCACCCCACCCGACCCGAGCCAAGCCCACCCCACCCCACCCGACCUGACAUCAGCGCCACCCGACCCGACCGAGCCAAGCCCACCCCACAUCACCCCACCCGACCCGACCCGACCCGACCCGAACCAAGCCCACCCCACCCGACCCGAGCCAAGCCCACCCCACCCCACCCGACCUCUGCGCCACCCGACCCGACCCUGCCAAGCCCACCCCACCCCACCCGACCUGACAUCAGCGCCACCCGAUCCGACCCCACCGGGCGCCGCGGAUCACGACCUCACCUCAACGGUCGCCGCAGCCGCCGCGACUGAAUAGUGGCAACGACCGAGCAAAGCGAGAGUUUAAACGUCGACCUAAUCCUCUCCAGUGAAAUGAGUAGAGUUUCUGAACUGUGCCAGAUUUAACCUUCCAUUGGCCCAGAAUGUGAACUGCUGAAAACAUCAAGAUGGUGCGUUGUCACUGACAAAUCCAACAUCAGGAGGGCAGGCAGUAUAACUAGCAAUAAUCUGUUAGGAAGUCUGUGACUUCCAUGUGGGCAUGUGUUGCACAGAGUUUGGUUAGCAAGCUCAGAACAAUGUGUAAUUUUCAGAGUGUUGAUACACUUUAGUUGGAAAAGGAAUGGAUGAUUCAAGAUUCUGCUGUAGAAUAUUGUGUUUGUCUAUAAGUGGCUGUUUAUUUAUUUUUAUAGUUAAAUAAAUUUAAAUUUCUGUAAAUGUAAGGGAGUCGCCAAAAUGUCUGCAAGCCAAUUGAAAUCACCUAAGACCAGCUUGCCACUUUGUUCUGCCAAUGGCAUUGUGGAAAAUCAUUGGAAGUCUCGGAUCGAGGGUGAUUCCUGCAACAACGGCAAAAAGAAAUUAAGGCUGAAGGGCAGAGAGCUGCAAUCAGUUCCCCGGGAGAUAUUUGACCUGAGCGAGCUUCAGGUGCUGGAGAUGAGCCCAAAAUGGGAAAGCUGUUUGAAUUACAAGAUGGGCAGUGUCCCUCGUGAAAUUGGUCAGCUGCGCGCCCUCACCGUGCUGAAUUUAGACACCAAUGACCUGCGAGAGAUUCCACCUGACAUUGGAUCCCUGGAAAAUCUGGAAAUUCUGACCCUCAGUAACAACCAACUGAGCUGCCUGCCCGCCGAGAUGGAGAAGCUGCAGAAAUUGCAGAGCCUGCACUUGGCCAACAAUAAUUUUCUGGAACUCCCUGUACAGGUGUGCCAGCUCUGCCGCUUGACAUUUCUGGAUGCCUGUGACAACAAGAUUAAGUUCAUCCCCCACAGCAUCUGCAAUCUAAAGUAUUUAGAGACCCUUCUUCUAUACUUUAAUGCAUUGCAGAGUUUGCCUGACUCCAUCUGUAAUCUUACACUCCUGCGCACCCUCUGGCUGGGAAAUAAUAAUCUAAGGAACCUGCCCGUCAAAUUUGGACAUUUAGUUAACCUCGACUGGGGCCGCAGCUACUCUUCUUCAAACUUUGAGGGCAAUCCGCUGGAAUCUCCCCCUGCUAAGAUAUGCAGGGGUGGUCCUGAGGAGAUCAGACGUUAUUUUGCUAUGUGGCAAAUGAAACAAAAUGACCAGGUCAAUAAUUUGUAAUUGUAAAUUUAUAAUUAACACAAUGCAUUGAUACCUAACCACUAUGAACAUUUUUUUUUUUAUAUGUUAAUUUUAUACAAUUCUCUGAAUGACAAAAUGGGUUACCUACCUCCACCGAACUGAUAACAUCAUAUGGUUGUUGUCAACUUGGGAUAUAAACUUUUUUUUGUGAACAGAAGUGAUGUAUAAGAAAUUUGGAAAAGUGGCCAUACGAUAAUUCAAAACUAAAGAUUGUGCUGUGCCACUUUUAGUGUUGCAGUGGUAUUAAUUAACUCUGAAAUAGUACAAUUUCUGUGAUGCUGAUCGUUUAGUAGGAGAAGUUAAAUUUUUUUCUGGCACAUUUGAUGCAGUCAGCGAUCUGAAGAGGGUAGAAUAAAAUUUGGCAUAGCUAUGGGCUGCCAAACGAUUCCUUGGAAAUGUCAUGGCUAGAGAUUCUAUUCCUUCCAAGAGUGUCACUCAGCCAAGGCACCUUAUCAUUCAACAGUUCAGGCAGGGCAAAAAAAUUGAUGCUGCUUGGAUUGCCAUUUGUGGAGGCUGGUGCAGAGGCUGGGAGAUUCAGACCUCGAUCGGAGCUCAGCAACACUAAGAUACAUGCUGGAUUGGUUACUUGAGGUGAUCGUCAUUCCAUUAAGACUCUCUAAAAAUAAGUACAUGCAGAAGACGAAAUUGUACUCGUUAGAAGGGAUAGAUAGAGGAAGAAUCGUACAAUUAAAAGUUAAUUGUAUUUGUAUUGUAAUUAAAAUUAAGGACAAAUUUUAAUAAAUCCUCAGAAUUUUCUAUUUUUGUAGAGCAAAUAAGGAGAAUGUUUAUUGCAGUAGGAGGGUUUAUAAUAUAAUAAGAUAUGAAAUUGAUGUAAUCGGAGAAACUAAAGUGAAAUGAGAUUAUAUUCUGCAUGCUGCAUUUGAUGAAAACAAAUUCAAUAGUAACUUUCAAAAUGAACUUGUAAAUGUUGUUGAAAAACAAACAGUUGUAGAGAAAGAACGAGGUGUUGGUCAAAUAGAGUGGUCUUUUCAUGAAGUUAGGAUUGCCACAAUAGGCUACAUAAUUUGGUGUAUUUGCAUCAAAUGCCACUUCUUCUUAAAUAGAACAAGGUCAUGCGUGACCUCGAUUCUGUCCAUAACCACUUAGAUGUCAUUAUCUGCUAUUCCACUUUGUUGACUAACUCGGUGGGACUUUUGUUGCCUAUGAAUUUCAUGUCAAAAGGCAAAAUAGGGAAGAAGAAUUAGCCAAGGAAUACCGAAUUCUUCAGAAAUUAUAAAUUGGGACAAAUAUAUGAAUUGAACAUGAAUGAAAUAAUAAAUAAUUGGAAAAAUAAAUAGAAAUACAAUGACCAGAGAGAGGUACCAGAUUUUGUUUUGCAUGGACACUAGGAUGUUGUCUGCCUCACCUUUGACUAAGAAUUUUUUUAGUCGUGAAAACUUCUAUAGCCAAUAAAAUAUUAUAUUAUUGCA